AGAAUGCUGGCACACAUGUCACAGCAGAAGGGGUGGCCUAUAUAUGCACAGCUACUGAUUGAUUUAUUCAAAUAUUUAGCACCUUUCCUUAGAAAUGUGGAACUCACCAAACCUAUGCAAAUCCUCUAUAAGGGUACUUUAAGAGUGCUGCUGGUUCUUUUGCAUGACUUCCCAGAAUUCCUUUGUGAUUACCAUUAUGGGUUCUGUGAUGUAAUCCCACCCAAUUGUAUCCAGCUAAGAAAUUUGAUACUGAGUGCCUUCCCAAGAAACAUGAGGCUCCCAGACCCAUUCACUCCUAAUCUGAAGGUGGACAUGUUGAGUGAAAUUAACAUUGCUCCCCGGAUUCUCACCAAUUUCACUGGAGUGAUGCCACAUCAAUUCAAAAAGGAUUUGGAUUCUUAUCUUAAAACUCAAUCACCAGUCACUUUUCUGUCUGAUCUGUGCAGCAACCUACAGGUGUCCAAUGAGCCUGGCAAUCACUACAACCUCCAGCUCAUCAAUGCACUGGUGCUCUACGUAGGGACUCAGGCCAUUGCACACAUUCACAACAAGGGCAGCACCCCUUCAAUGAGCACCAUCACCCACUUGGCACACAUGGACAUCUUCCAGAACCUGGCUGUGGACUUGGAUACUGAGGGUCGCUAUCUCUUCUUGAACGCAAUUGCAAAUCAGCUGCAAUACCCCAAUAGCCACACUCAUUACUUUAGCUGCACCAUGCUGUACCUUUUUGCAGAGGCCAAAACUAAAGCUAUCCAGGAACAGAUCACAAGGGUUCUUUUGGAACAGUUGAUUGUAAAUAGGCCACAUCCUUGGGGUCUUCUUAUUACCUUCAUUGAGCUGAUUAAAAAUCCAGCAUUUAAGUUCUGGAACCACCAGUUUGUACACUGUGCCCCAGAAAUUGAGAAGUUAUUCCAUUCAGUUGCACAGUGCUGCAUGGGACAGAAGCAGGCUCAGCAAGUAAUGGAAGGGACAGGUGCCAGCUAGAUGGAACUGUGUCUCUGUUGUAAAGG